AAAUGUUGGCCCCAGCAAUCGCCGGUGCGAGUUAAAAUAACGGGUUCGCAUUUCUUGGUUUGUUCCCAUGGAGCGGGAUUUUCUGGAGACUGAGCAUUGAUGCUGCAGCGAUUUGGCAGUGGGGAACGUAUGCUCCGCGCGCUUUGUAGGGCAGGGAGCACACGAGGCUGGACGAGAGGGAAGACGCAAAUGGGGCCUGCUUUGUCGAUGCCCUGCAGCGAGGUUCUUGGAGAAGGCGAUUUUCGCAACCGAUAGAAGAUUUGUCGCACACCGCGGUCGUCGAACUCGAGCUCGAGCUGUCGCGUGUCGUCAGCGAUGGAAGCAAUUCGAGAGUGGUCACGUAGUUUCAAUCAGCGGCAGGUGGUCACAUCGUUCUCCGUAUUCGCGUGUGCGGUGGGCAGAGGGCAUAAGGUUUUUGGUGUGAGCACCGACUGAGUGCUGAAGGUUUUGCUCGUUAUCGCAAAGUCGAUGGCAAUGACGGAAAUGGCUCUCUCAACGCAACAACAGACAGCGAAGCCCAAAGUGAAGGAGAAGAAGCCCAGUUCUGCCCAUUCGCAUUCUUCAGGGACGAGCGCGAAGGGCAGGAACGUGGUCGAUCGCAGACCUAGUCAGCUUGAAGUGGACAUGGCGCGGCAAGAUCUCGCUAAAAUUGCGCAGCCAGAUACUCAACGUCCAUUCUCUUCGCUUGCAGAUGCUUGCGACAGGCUUCUGCCUUAUCAUAUCUUGGCGGAAUAUGAUGUGGAGGAAUGCGAGGAGAAAGAAGGGAUGGAGCUUCUUUCUAGGUCUAGGGCAUGGGAAGAGUCUCUGAGAACUCAAACCCUAGAGUUCAUGGCUACACUGGAGAAGCAGGUGGUCACAUACAACACCAUCAUCAAGAAAAGGAGUGAAGGGUCGAUGAGGGGUGAAGAGCGAAUGAUGGUCGAGCAAUCAUUCCUCUCGGACGAGAAACAGAAGUUGAUGAAUGUAAGGGCUCAAAUUGAAGCCAAAGAUAAAGCCGAGAAGGAGGCAGCAGAAGCUAAGGCCAAGGAAGCUGCAGUUUUGGCUGAGCGAGCCCGAGCUGAGGAGCAAGCACGGGCUGAAGCACAAGCGCAGGCCGAAGCAGCACGUUUCGAAGCCGAGUCGAAGGCUGAAGCCCUUCGUGCAGGAGCAGAUACAUUGCCUAAAGUAGAGAACCAAGUCAAACCCGACACCAGCACAAGUGCUGCCCAAUCCUCUGGAGCUGUAAAUGUUCUGGGAAAGUCAGGAACGUUCAACGACGGAAGCUGGCCCAGAGUAGAGAAUGAGGAUGAAGACUUGGAGGAGGAAGAUGAUGAAGAUGGUGAGGAUUUAGAAGGGGUAUGGGACGAAGAGGGCGACGUGGACGAGGAGGAUGACGAUGAAGAUGACAGUGAUUCAUUAGAGACGUAAAUUGUUGUUCCAGGCUGCCUCCACGAGGGGCAGAUGUAUAUGUGCACCGGUCCAUUCACCGCCCUGGAGUUGAGUUUGAGACAAUAACCCUCACGAUCUAUGCAUCAAGUGGCACCUGUGGAUCUGCCAGGGGGAUCAUUUCGCUAGACUGCAUUUCAACGAAUGUGCAUACUGUACUUUUGAUUCGGCAAGUAGUCUUUGAUGAGUGUUCAAUACUCAAUAUCUGGAUUCUGGAAUCAAGCUAUACAGCGGGGGCGAUACAUCCUUAAAAACUUCAUAGUCUCAUGGACUCCUGGCUCGUCCACAUGAAUUAGGCUAGCCCAGGGCAUGCACAGAAGACAGAAGUCUCCAGGGCUCCUAUUUGUAAGGACUGACGCAGAGGCUCAGGAAUUUUAUACUGAAGACAGAAGUCUCCAGGGCUCCUAUUUGUAAGGACUGACGCAGAGGCUCAGGAAUUUUAUACUGAAGGCUUUUGCUGUACCACUUUCACUUUGUUCUCGUCAUAAAGUUAUCAAAGGUUGCUUUCCU